GAAUUUCCAAGUAUGCAGCCUGCCUCCAUUCUGGCUGAAAGAGGGAAUUACCUGUGUAUUGAUAUCAUUGAGGAACUCCUGAAGUAUCCGUCACUUCUACAAAGAGCCAAAUGGAGAAAAGAUACCCAGUGAUAGCAGGAAGAGAAAAAGGGCCAGGUCCUGGUCGCUAUGGGCUUCCUCCCACCAUUGGAUUUAUGGGCCAUGACUUCACCAAGCCAACUAGCCCUGCCUAUUCUUUCCAUGGCAGGAUGAGUGAUACCAUGUAUUGUGUAGACUCAAGUCCAGGGCCGCAGUAUCACAUUGAUGCAAAAAUCACUCGUUUUGGAAGGGAUGGCACACCUGCGUACUCAAUGUUGGGCAGAGUGAAAGCACAGAAGGAGCUAUUCCAGACACCUGGACCAGGUGCAUACAGCCCUGAGAAAACCCCACCAUACAACCUCCAGCACAGACCUCCGUCCUACACAAUGGGCUCUCGGACACACUACCGGAGCGUUGACUCAGUACCUGCUCCCAACAGGUACUGUCUCCCUCCGCUCAUGGGCCCUCAAGUUCCAAACAAGCAAUCCAGCUCAAGCUACACAAUGUCAGGUAGUUACAGCAGAGGGGGACCAUCUGUGGACUUGGCCAAGACGCCAGGGCCUUGCAGGUACAACAGUACGGACCCAAGUGUUUAUCUACCCAGGCAGCCGGCGUUUUCCAUGCUGGGACGUCAUGGCUUACCAAGAGAUGCCACCGAGAAACCUGGUCCUGGAACUUAUAAUCCAGAGAAAGUGACAGUUCACAAGGCCCGGGCACCAACCUACUCCCUGGGCAUUAGACACUCGGAAUUUGUUACUCCACUAGUUGUCAAUGUUUCUGACUGAACACCAUCAUCACACUCCCAAAAAUGAGAAACAUAAUUCUGUAAUCUGGUAGA